AUGGAGGUGGUAAACCAAAUCAUCUUCCCUGUGCCUGACCUGAUCGAGUCUUACAACCGCGAAGCUAAGGGCAUCCCGAUUGGUCGCGCCGCAGAGGUCAACUUGAGGAAUAACCAUUCUCAGUACAUAUUCACCUGGUAUGGCCUGUCUUUGGCCACUUCCAUCAUGCUGUGGAUGGUUGUGCGCAAGAACCCUAACGAGGCAAUGCGCCGAGUUUGCCAGAACCGAAACUGGUAG